AUGAGGUUCUGGAUGAAGCACACUGCUACUGCCACUCAGAUGAAAUACAGAGAAAAGAAUUAUGUCCCUGUGGAUGGAGAACAACUUGAUCGUGUGGAGGAGGGCAUGAACAAGGUGAACGCAGACCUGAAGGAGGCCGAGAAAGAUUUAAAAGAUAUAGGACAAUGCUGUGAACAACUGGAGCGCAUCGAGGAGGGGAUGGACCAAAUCAAUAAGGACAUGAAGGAUGCAGAAAAGAAUUUGAACAAUCUAGGACAGUUCUGUGGUCUAUGUUCAUGUCCCUGUAACAAGAUUAAGGGCGGGGGCCAGGCCUGGGGAGCCAACCAGGAUGGAGUGGUGAACAGCCAGCCGGGGGCUCGAGUGGUGGACGAGCGCGAACAGAUGGCCAUCAGUGGGGGCUUCAUCCGCAGGGUAACGGAUGACGCCCGGGAGAAUGAGAUGGACGAGAACCUGGAGCAGGUGGGCGGGAUCAUUGGCAAUCUGCGUCACAUGGCCCUGGACAUGGGCCAGGAGAUCGACACGCAGAACCGCCAGAUCGACAGGAUCAUGGAGAAGGCUGAUUCCAACAAGACCAGGAUUGAUGAGGCCAACCAGCGUGCUACAAAGAUGUUGGGCAGUGGCUAAGCUGCAGCGAAAAGUGCUUUCAUCCCCAUUCAGCCCCAGUCACCCUAUUAACAACAACACCGACCGAACCCAGCCCCCAGCACCAACGCCCGGCGCCCACAUCCUUUGCUCGACAGCAGGCGCCGCAAAAAUCAUGCUUUUAUUGUGAUACUGGUAGAGGUUUGCACACAUGCACAUAUCUUACAUCCCUCCGCUGCCCUCCCAUUUCUGCCCGUCACUAAAACCCUGUUCCUUCCAACCCUUGUUGUCAGUGCUGUUCUGUGAUGUCGCUCUUUUGAUUUUGUUAAGAAAUAAUAGUUCCGUUACAUGACGCCCACUCCAACUCUUCCCACGCUGUACAUAGUGCUUCUUUAAUGGCUUCAGUGAUUUAGAUCACUUGUCCUGUUUUCUUCAUCACUCUUCCUUUUUUUUAAAAGUCUAUGUGUAAUAUAAACUGUAUGUACACCUCGUUUCCAAGAUGUCCUUUCCACAUGUCAGUUUUCUGGUGUUGUCCAUGUAAGACACACUGUGUAUUCAUCAGUUACGAUGUUGUGAUGCUACAUGAUAAGGCCACAGUGAUUUGCCGUGAAUAUAGUGAACAUACAGCUUAUUACCAAGGCCACUGUUAAAAUACAAAGUCAUUUCAUGUAG